GAUGAGCGACGCGAGCAGUAGCACAAUUGGUGGUGCGGAGAGAGGGGAAAGCGUUGUUUAUGACUGUGGAAGACGAAAAUCUUCUUGUGGCUACUGCAAAUCGGGUUCUCGUGGCAGCGUCACUCACGGUUUAUGGGCAGAUAAUCUUACUGUUGAUGACUACCAAGAUCUCCUUGAUCGUGGCUGGAGAAGAUCUGGCUGUUAUCUCUACAAACCUGAGAUGGAAAGGACAUGUUGCCCUUCUUAUACAAUUCGUUUGAAGGCAUCAGACUUUGUUCCAUCUAAAGAUCAAUUACGAGUGUUUAGACGGUUUCAAAGGUUUUUGGAUGGAGAGUUGGAACAAGAUAAUCCAGUGGAGAACACAGAAGCUUCAAGUGCUUCCAAGAACUGUAGCUAUGCACUUAAUGGAGAUUCUCACUCAGUAGAAAAGAACUCACUGUCCUUUAAAAAUAAAGAAAACGAGGAAGGCCGCUUUAUACUUCAUCUGUCUGAUCAGGUCGAUGAAGCCAUAAGCUUAUUCUCCGAAAAAGGCGAUCUUCCCCGUAACAUACCGUUUCCAAGAGCGUCUGUCAAAAGGGUUUCCCAUGUAAAGAAGAAACUGCUGGUUCAAGGAUCAAAGGAUCUUGACAUACGACAAGCCAUCCCCCCCUCUGGGAGAAGUUACUUGGAAAAUCAGUUGCUUAGAUACAAAAGAGUGGUUGGUAAAGAGCUCUCGGAAAGGAUAGUUUAUACCCUUCGGUGA